GGGAGGUCCUUCCCUGGCUGCCGCCGCGCGGGGAGUCCGGCCGGCCGUCUGUGGGGCGCCGUCGGGGGUCGUCGAGAUGGGCAGCGGCGGCGUCAACCUGGAGACGCACAGCCUGGCUCUGCUGGCUGCCAAGGGCGACGUGGCGAGCGGGAGAGCGGCCGCCAGCUGGUGAGUGAGUGGGGGGCGCAGGGGGCGUCGGGAGAAGCCCCGCGGGACCCACGUCGGGGGGCGGCUGGGGAGGAGGAGGGGGCCUUCCCAGGGCGCCCCUCUGGGUGCCAGCCCGCCCUGAGAAAGAAGGACGCCGCCAGGCGCAUGCCCGUUGGGUGCCCACCCGCUGCCAGGCAGCCAUGGGGAGCCUUUCGGGACGGGAGGGAGCCGGGAGCCCCGACGGGAGACCUGCCCGCCCCCCAGCAGCUCCAGAAAGGCAGGGCUGCUGAGGUUGCCCCCUGGGAUCGGGGCCCUACACUCCCCCUCCAAGAACGAGGAGGAGGCAAGGCCGCCCCCUCCAUGGAAGGCAGCUGGGGGUCGCCCCAAGAUCCCUCCAACGGGGACUCAGCAAAGGCAGCCUGUGCCCAAGCCUCGCCUUAGGCUGGGGUUCCUUUGCCAGCGUUUGCCAACCAGGUGCCCUCCAGGAGUUUUGGAACCUCCCAUCCCAGAAUCGUAGCAUGGCAGGGCUGGAAGGGAUCCCCAAGGGCCAUCUAGUCCAACCCCAAUCAGUGUGGGUCAGGGAUGAUGGGAGCUGUAGUCCAAAGUGUCUGGGGAGGCUCCCAUAGGUUGGCAAAAGGCUGCCGUGGCAUCUUGGCUAAAUGACCUGAAAUCACAAACAAACCCCAAGCAGAGGAAGGUCAGAGUGUCCUGGCUGCUCCUUGCCCACCCCCUGAAUGGGAAGGGGGAAACUGAGGCUGCUGGGCGGGGAAGAGGGAGCCCCACGCCAGGCUGGAAGGGAUGGGUCAGGAUUCAGUCCUUGGGGAAGGUGCCACCUUGCAUGGGGAUGGCAUUGCCAAUGCAGGCUUGCCUAAGGGCCCGUCUGUGCCAGGAUCCUGUCCUUCUCAGGGUGGCCUCUGGGAAACCAGAAAGCAGGAUCCGGCCCAACAGAGCCCUGGUGGCUAGUAGCCAUGGGUAGCCUUCUCUGGGUCAUCUGGACCCCCCCACGUGCCCUGACUGCCAAGAUAUCCUACCCACAGCCAGUUCAACCAGUUCAGUUUUACUCACCUGAAUUAGGGGGUGCAUUUUGCCUCAAAUGUUGGUGGGCGCCUUAUAGCUCCCUGGACCCUUUUGCACCCGGGGCCAGGAGCACACACACCCCCACUGGGCCUUCCCCACCCCCCUCUCAGGAUCAGGCCCCUCAAGGACUCCUGGCACCUCUUGUUUUGGGUAAAUGUCAGGUCUCUUUGUCACCAGGUGAUUAAUCCCGGCUGGCCACCUGCCCACCUGCCCUCACCUGGCGGCUGCUUAACUCUUCCCAUCCCUGCCGGCUCUGGCUUAAUCCUGCCUCAAGGACGUCCCUGGAGGAGUUGGGGCUGAGGCACCAGCAGCCGCCGCCGUGGGGCUGGCUGUGGGGAGGGCGAGAAGGACACGGGUUAUGAAACGGCUGUGGAUUUUGGACUUAUUUUCCAACCUGCAGAAACCAAGGGGAGAGGCAGCUGGAUCAGGCCAGAUCAGUCUCAUGUCCUCCAGGCAGCACAGUUAUAUAAUCCUGGGGAGUGAUGGGAAUUGGGGGGGGGGAGGCUGGCAGGAGAAGUGGAGGAUGUGGUUUCUGCAGCUGGAGCAAAGAUGGUCCCUUUUGCCAUCUCAUUUUUGGGGGUCGCAGUGCGAGGUCUUGCAUUUAUAUGUGUCUUGCAUUUGUGGCCCACCUUUUACUCCAAGGAGCUCCAGGUAUUUUUUGCUCUAUUAGACUCACUUUUCCCCUCCUAAAAAGUAAGGGGAAAUGUGUGUGCGUCUUAUGGAGCGAAUGCAGGCUUGCGCAGCUAUCCCAGAAGCCAGAACAGCAAGAGGGAUUGCUGCUUUCAUUGCGCAGCGAUCCCUCUUGCUGUUCUGGCUUCUGGGAUUCAGAAUAUUUUUUUCUUGUUUUCCUCCUCCAAAAACUAGGUGCGUCUUGUGGUCUGGUGCGUCUUAUAGAGCGAAAAAUAUGGUACAUGGUUCUCCCCCCUCAAAUUAAUCCUAACAGCAACCCUAGAUGGCUCAACUGACUAGUAAACUCAGAGGAAACUCAAAGCAAAAAUUUGCGGGAAAACGGGAUGGUUAUAGAAGAUAUGUUCAAAAAUACAAGAAUCGUUUUGACUCCGUGCUAGCAUUCGAGUGAGAAAGGAACUAAAAGGAGGUGGACAAGAAUUAAGGAUUUAUUAUGUUUUCAGAAUGUAUUGGAAAAUGUAUAUAGAAAGGUUUGUUGUUUUGCGUACAUUUGAUUGUAAGAUAAAAUGUAUGGAAAGGGACUUGACAAGAAGUCAAAGUUGAAGAAAAGAUUUUGGAAGAUAAAAGGGGCAGGGGAUAUUUACUUUCAUUACUAUCAUUUUGUGUGCGGGUGUGUGGGUGUCUGCACAUAUGUGUGUUUUUGUAUGGAAUGUUUGGGAGGAAAUAAGACGGUAAAUAAACUAAAUAUUGAUGUAUGUCAUUUUUAUUUCUUCAUUAUAUUUAGUGGUAGUAUGGCUGUAUUGUUUUUUGUAACAUAAAAUCACUCAAUAAAAAUUAUUUUAAAAAAUAAAAAAAUCCUACGAACAACCCUGAAAGGUAGGCUAGGCUGAGAGGCAGGGACAGCUCCCAAGGUCACCCAGUGAGUUUCCUGGCAGAGUGGGAGGAUUCAAACCCUGGUCCCACGCUCUAACCAUGGCGGCAUCGCGCCAGCUUCGCCCUCCCUCCGCUUUGCUUUCCUGAGGCCUCCAGGCAGAGGCGCUGCGUUUGCCUGCGCAUGUAAGCGCAUGUUGCGCAUGAAGUCCUCUCCUUUCUGCCCUGGGGGAGGCGGCGCUGCCAUGUCUGCAGAUACUCACCCCCCCACCAUGCCAGCGAAAGGGGGUGGGACUCUUUGGGGAGGGAAAGGGCAGCCCUAGACCAAGGCUGGGCUGGGCUUGGGGGGAGAGGGAGAGACCCAGCCCGAUGGGCGGGGUACAAAUAAUAAAUUAUUCUUAUUCUCAUUUGCUAUGGGCUGCCCAGGUGGAGGCAACUGGAACCCCCACCAGGAAGUUCUUAGCGGUGGAAUCCAGCCAGGCUGGCUCUGGUUCUCAGCAACAAAAGAAGGCUUGCCUUACCUGCCCGGACAGGUGUUCCUCAGGUGUGUGGCUGUGCCUCUCCUGAGGAGGGCAGGGGCUUCUCUGUGAGGGCGCACUGCCCACUUUCUGGCAAGGACCAGCCGACCUGCCUUGCCUCCUCCCACCGACCGGAGAGAUCUGGAUGUGCCCUUCAGAGCUCAGGCCGCCAGCCCUGUUUGCAGCGCCAGGACUCAGAAAAGAGUGCCCCUGAGCUUGUGCAGAAUGCCUUUCCCUUCUGAGCGUGCUGAGGGAACCCCUGGGCCUGCUGCCUCUGGCUUUGUGUCCCAGGUGGCGGCAGGCAGGCGGUCUGGCCUUGUCGGGUGCCAACAUAGGGGGCAUUCCGGACCACAAUGGCCCCUUCGAGGCAUUUGGUACCCAGUCUCCUCUCACCACCUGUGUUCGAAUCCUGCUUGGGGUUUUCCGAUGGGGACAUCUAGUUGGCCUCCUGUGAGAACAGGAUCCUGGGCUAGUUGGACCACUGGCGUUUCAGGUGGCGGACAGACCGCUCUUCGGCUCCGCUGGGAACCUGCCCUCAGGAUCUUCCUCCUGAGGUUUUUGGGGGCUUGCGGUGCCCUUGCAAUGCCCCCCCCCCAAGAAGCUGGACUCUCCCCUAAGGGCUGAAUCCCGCUUGCUCUCGGAAGAACGAUUCUCCGUCUGUUCUUACGCUGCUCCGCCAUCUUCCCAGGCAGACCAGAGGGCAGUGGUGUCCUUGCCCCCAAUUCUGGCUGGCUAGGGGGGCUCCAAGCCCCUUUUAGCCUUUCCCUUGGGGCUUCAUCCUGCCUCGGCCAGAAGAGGGGCAUCAGCCGAGCCCCCCUCCCAUUGCAGCAUCCGUGACACACGUCUUAUUUAUUUAUUGCAAAGAGCUGAAGGUGGCAUGCGCUGUUCUCCGUCCCAGUGAGGUAGGUUAGGCUGGGAGGUGUGGCUGGCCCAAGAUCGCUCAGUGAGCAGAUUUGAACCCAGGUCCCGGCGCAACACAAUCACGCCGGAUCUCUGAAGUGGCAGAACUCAGCCUCUGGCUCCCAUGGCCUCCCCUUCUUCCCCGAAUAUUUCCUCCUCUGAGCGCUGAGUGCCUGGGCUGGGUGUACAGGCUGUAACAGGAUCCGGUGCAGACGGGGAAGGAGGGCCGCAGGGGGGCUGGCGGAAGGCGCCGGAAAGCCUUUCAUCCGCUGCCAGCCCCAUCACCUCACCCUGACGCCCUGAAGGGGAGGCUGCACCCAGUUGCAGAAUUAUUGCUGGCAGUAGGAACUGUGGCGGUGUGUGUGUGUGUGGCCAGCAGUGGGGCCCAGCCCCACAGUAGGGGGUGAAGGAUCUGGGGCGGGGGGUGUCUCAGUCAGUGGAGAACAUAAGAUUAGCCAGCUGGAACAGGCCAGGGGGUCACCUAGUGCAGCACCCUGUUCUCACAGGGGCCGACCAGAUGGGGAACCCGUAAGCGGGAUUCGAACACAAGAGCGUUCUCACCUCCUGGGGUUUCCAGGAACGGGCAUUCAGAAGCGUCACAGUGGAGGCAGACAGCCUGGCUAGGAGCCGUCCAUACCAUACAAUUAUUGUUGUUGUUGUUGUUUAGUCGUUUAGUGGUGUCCGCCUCUUUGUGACCCCCUGGACCAGAGCACGCCAGGCCCUCCUGUCUUCCACUGCCUCCCGCAGUUUGGUCAAACUUAUGUUUGUAGCUUCGAGAACACUGUCCCACCAUCUCGUCCUCCAUCGUCCCCUUCUCCUUGUGCCCUCCAUCUUUCCCAACAUCAGGGUCUUUUCCAGGGAGUCUUCUCUUCUCAUGAGGUGGCCAAAGAACUGGAGCCUCAGCUUCCUUCCAGUGAGCACUUAGGGCUGAUUUCCUUCAGAAUGGAGAGGUUUGAUCUUCUUGCAGUCCAUGGGACUGUCCCAUACAGAACAAUGAAAUUGAAAAAUCUACACCAGACAUUCAAAAACCCCUAAAAACUCUGAAACCCCAUUUAAAAAUACAAUAUACUAUAGAGACUCCUUAUACUGCAUUUGGAACCAGAAUUGCAUUGGGGAAGAAACUGUUUCUCAGGCGGCUAGUCCGAGUCUUUCUAACCCUGCACCUUCUUCCAAAGGCAGAAGCUGAAAGAGAUCAUUUCCGGGGUGCACACUAUCCUGCGCUAUCUCUGCCGCUUUCUUAUGGCACCUGGAAGCGUAGAUUUGAUCCAAGGUGGGAAGAGUGCACCCAAUUAUUCUCUCCGCUGUUUUUACAACCCUGGAUAGCAUUGUUUUUCCCCUGACCGUGCAGCUCCCAAACCACACACACAGACCAUAAGUUAAUACAUUCUCCACAGUACAAUGGUAAAAUGCCAUCAACAGGUCCUUGGAGAGAUUGCUUUUCUGGAGGAGUCUCAGAAAAUAUAACCUCUGCUGUGCUCUCUGCAUCAGGUCUUUGCUGUUUUCUCCCCAGGUGAGAUCAUUUCUCAACUCCAUUCCCAGAAAUCGAAACACCAAGACCUGUUCCACGCACUUCCCCUCAAUAAUAAGUGGCUGAAUAUUCAGUUUACAUUUCCUAAAGUCCACAAUAAUCUCUUUUGUUUUCUUUAAGUUAAGGAGUAAGUUGUUUUUGUUUUUUGUUUUUAGCCCUCUCCUCCUCCAUGAAUUGGUCUCAUUCUCUUUUAAAGCCAUCCUUGCCGCUUGUGGCAGGGAGUUCCACAGGUUAACCCUGUGCUGCACGAAGAAGGAUUUUCUUUCUCCUGUUGUGAAUCUUCCAACCUCCAGCUUCCCGGGACGUGCACAAGUUCUGGGAAGCCUUUUUCUCUCUGCACUCUGUCCAUGCUCCUCUCCUGGCCUUUCCCCUGAGCCAAACAGCCCCAAACGCCUCCAUCUUUCCUUAUGGGUCUUCUGCCCCACCGUUUUUCUCCUUGGAGGGGGCUGGGAGGCAACUGUGUGCCCAGACCAGGCCUGGACCUAGGGAGGGGGGCUUCAAGGGGGGCUGCGUCCCAAGUGGCUCCUUCCAGAGACCAGGCAGGCCUGCUGGGCUUCCCCUGCCCCCCUGCCUGCCCCAUUGUGCUCCUGGGGGGGGAAUUGUUCUGGAGAGAAUGCGUUUCCUCUCAUUCAGGUCCAGAUGCUGGGAGGGGGAGGGGCUGCUCCCUCGGCAGAGACCUAUAGGAAGUCAGGGCGGGGAGGGGGCAGUUAAUUGGUUGGCUUAAUUAAUUAAAUUGAUUUAUUUAAUUAAUCAAGGGGGCGUGCAUGAGUCUCCCCCUUCUCACUUAAUCCCCACAACGACCCUGCGAGGUGGGUUAGGAAUUUCAGCAUAACAAUUUAUCAAAAAAUACGUCAUCCUCAUUUCCCCCCCCAUUUCCCCCCUCCCCCCUCCCCAAAAAGGGGAAAAAAAACCCUCCCACCCCCCCAGACUUCCCUCAGCUCCUCUCUCUGGUUUCUCAGCACAUUUUAUUCUCUGCAUAUUAUAAAAUUGUAAAGUUCCUUCAUUAAUCUAUCAAUAUGUUACCAAUAAAAAAAUUGUGUAUGUUUAUUCCAAACCUGCCAAGGAGUCCGGUUAAUAACAACAACAACAACAACAACAACAACAACAAUAAUAAUAAUAAUAAUUUAUUAUUUAUACCCCGCCCAUCUGGCUGGGCUUCCCCAGCCACUCUGGGCAGCUUCCAACAAAAUAUUAAAAUACAAUAAUACAGUUCAUUUUGUUGUUUCUUUAAGUACUUUGUAAAAGGUUCCCAUUCUUCUUUAAAGUCACAGUUGUCCUUGUCAUGUAGUUUGUGUGUCAGUUCCGCCAAUUCCGCAUAAUCCAUCAGUUUCUCUUGCCACAGUUCUUUGGUCGGGAUUUCCUCGUUCUUCCAUCCUUGUGCUAUUAAGACUCUUGCCACAGUUGUCGCAGACAUGAAGAUAUUUCUGAAUUUCCUUGGCAGGUCUUUUCCUACAAUCCCUGGGGGAGACCACUUCGGGGCAUGGAGGGCCCUCAAGCUAUCCUGGCUCAGGCUGCGGCCUCUCCUCUCCGCAAUGGGCUCAUCCUUUUGCAAAACUGUCGGCCAGCAAGCGUUGCAACAUCCUCCUGCGAUGCAUUCCGUACAUUAACGACGAGCUGCUUGAAAAAGGAUUUCCGCUGCCAGAUUCUUUGGAUACCCCAAAGCUCCUUGAGACUUUGCUUGCUGCCUCCCCCUCCCCUCCUGGGCUCCAUCUGUGGCUGCCUUAGGAGGCACAUAGGCGCAUGGAUCCAGCCCCCUCUUCUCACUGAGGCCAAGCCGAGGCCCCCAUGGGAAGCCCGCAAGCAGGAUUCGCACACAAGACCCCUCUCCCCUCCUGUGGUUCCAGCAGCUGACUUUCCAAAGCCUUGCUGCCUUUGACCAUGGAGGCAGAGCCCAGCCAUCGUGGCUAGGAGCUGUUAGUAGCCGGAUCCCCUCCAUGAAUUUGUCUGUCUUUUGUCAUUCGUUUCUUCUUCUCCUUUCUUGGAAUUAAUUUUUGUUUUCCGAAAUAUAAACAUACAACCAAAACAGUUCCCAAUCUUAAUUAUUGAGAUUACUCUGAAUCGCCUGACUUCCCCCCGUCCCUUCCACGCAUCCUAUCAAAUUUAUUUUCAACUGCAUAUCAAUACUUCUGCAAUUUUUCAUCUUCCUAAAUUAUCUACAGUCAUACCUCAUGUUACAUCCACUUCAUGUUACGUUCUAUCAGGUUACGUCCCGCGGCGACCCAGAAGUACCGGAAAGGGUUACUUCCGGGUUUUGUCGCUCGCGCAUGCGCGGAAGUGCAAAAUGACAUCACACGCAUGCGCAGAAGAGGCAAGUCACAACCCAUGCGUGCGCAAAUGCGCCGCUGCAGGUUGCGCUCUUUUCAUGUUGCGAACGGGCCUCCGGAACUGAUCCCAUUCGCAACCAGAGGUACCACUGUAUGUAAAGCUAAAGGGACCCCUGACCAUUGGUCCAGUCGUGGCCGACUCUGGGGUUGUGGCGCUCAUCUCGCUUUACUGGCCGAGGGAGCCGGCGUACAGCUUCCGGGUCAUGUGGCCAGCAGGACUAAGCCGCUUCUGGCGAACCAGAGCAGCGCAUGGAAACGCCGUUUACCUUCCCACCAGAGCGGUACCUAUUUAUCUACUUGCACUUUGACGUGCUUUUGAACUGCUAGGUGGGCAGAAGCAGGGACCGAAGAACUGGAGCUCCCCCCGUCACGGGGAUUCGAACCGCCAACCUUCUGAUCAGCAAGUCCUAGGCUCUGUGGUUUAAGCCACAGCGCCACCCGCGUCCCUAGAGACUACCUUACACUACGUUUAAAACCAAAAUCGCAUUUGGGUAGAAACUGUUUCUCAGGCGGCUAGUCCUGGUCUUUAUAACCCUGCACCUUCUUCCAGAAGGCAGAAGCUGAAAGAGAUCAUUUCCGGGGUGCACACUAUCCUGCGCUAUCUCUGCCGCUUUCUUAUGGCACCUGAAAGUGUAGAUUUGAUCCAAGGUGGGAAGAGGGCACCCAGUUAUUCUCUCUGCAGUCUUUACAACCCUGGACAGCACUGUUUUCCCCCUGACCGUGCAGCUCCCAAACCACACGCACAGACCCUCGGGGUUCCCUUCCAAUUCUGCGAUUCUAUGCUUCUGUAAUGGGACAUCCUUCUUUCUGUCUCCUGCCCAGGGCCCUCUUUUCCUACGAAAAAGCCAACGAGCUGAAGCUCCUGGACUCUGGAGGUAAGACUUCGAAGCCCCUGGAUAAUUCUGCAACCCGUGGCUAUUCUCCCGUGUAGGGACCAGGGACGCCGUCUCUCAAGGACUUCCUCAAGCCCCUGGCCCUGGAGCCGGGCUGCGCUGGGUUGCCUCUGGCGGGGGCCAGGGGGGCAAACCUUUGCAGAGCUCCCGGGGCCACCUUGGAGCCAGCAGGGAGGCCCCAGGGCCUGCUCAGCAAUCCUGCCCUUUCUUCUCCUUCUAGAGGCAGUGAGUUCCGCAGGACCUGUUGUUCAGGACGCCCGUGUCUCUUGGGAUGGGGCAUUGCUGAGGGUUGUUUUUUUGUUGUUGUUGGGAUCAAGAUUUAAUCUUGCAGGUGUUUAAUUUUUGCCGUUACCGGUAUUGACUUUUCUGUAUUUUUAACGUUAUUUUGAUUGUUUCAUUUAUAUUGUAUAAUUAUUUGUUACAUGCAUCUCAAAUGAGGCUCACAAAGCAUGUAUACUUCUUGGGAUGUUUUCAUUUGCUUCUGGCUACUUUUGUUACAUUUCUGAAAUUCCGUAAAUGAGCGUGGUUUGACUAUGGAAAGGUGACUUGCAAAGAUGUGAAGGUGAUUUUGAUGUUCGCUCCUUCCCUCUGCCCCACCUCCCUUUCCAGCCGGGGGUCCCGAUGAGCUGGCCAGGCGCUUCCAGAGCGGCAGCGUCAUGUACGGCCUCUGCCGCCUCCCAGAUGCCGCCACGGGGCAGCAGCACGUGGUCCUCAUCAGCUGGGUGAGCCGGGGGUCUGCCUGGGCAGUUCCAGGGGGUCUUCUGCAGGAGGGCAAGUGGGUCCCCGUUGCAAAGAGGGGCUGCACAGAAAAGGGCUUUUAAGCUUGUGAAUAAAUGACUUGAGUGUUCAGGGUGAGCCAGGGGCGCCAACGUGCCCCCCACAUUGAGGGGGCCGGGUGUCACGUGACCCAUCCCACCCCUGCCCGGCAUGCCAGCGCUCACCCAGGGACGGCGUAGGAUGAUGCCCCCCUCAAUAUUGGGAGGGCUCGAGAAAUAUUGAGAGGCCUGAAGCCCCUUCUGUCCCCUAUAGUUGGCGUUCCUUGGGGUGAGCAGUAUGCUGAUGAACAAGACUUCUUCACGCAGUUAGACUAUGGAACUCCUUGCCACAGGAAACAGAGGAGGGGAGAGGGUUGCCCUUGGGCCCAGAUCCUGUUUGCCUGCAAGUUUCCCACCGGGGCAUCUGGGUGGCCACUGUGAGGACAGGAUCCUGGACCGGCUGGUCCUCCGUGGGCCUGAUCCAGCAGGCUCAUCCCACGUUUCCCCAUUCCCCUGCACAGCCUCUGCCUACAUUGGGGGAACCGCAAAGCCGCUCUCCUCCCCAGUGGGCUCAGAGACUGGGGGGGGGGGUUGUGGGGGGGUUGCUGGGAUCUGGCUGGACUCCCAGGGGUGACAACCCCCCCGCCCUACUUGCUGCUUCCUGCCAGGCUCCUGGAAGGGAGCCACGCAAGAGCCAGGAACCUCCUUAUCUGGCUCCUUCUCUUGCUGCCCGCUCUUCUGCCAAGCGCCAGGGUCUUCGAAAACCCCAGCGGUGAAUUUUGCAAAGGGGUCAACCUCCAAAUGAGCUCCUCUGCGGAGGAACAGGGCUAACGGGCAUGUGCAGAGUGCACGCCCCCCUUCGCAGUUGCCAUCGGAUUCCAGGUGCCCCCAAGGGAAACCCGUGAGCAGGAUCCAAGCACAAGAGCAACUGUUCCCUCUUGCAAUUUCCAGGAAUUGGCAUUCAGAAGCAUUUCAGAGCCAUUAGUGGCCCAAACUGCUUAACCCUUUCCUGAUCCAAAAUGUCCUGGAUUUUAUGAAGGGGACCUCAAAGGCCAUCCAGCCCAACCCGCUGUGGAUGCAGGAACCCCUCUUCCUACGCCUGCCUACCUGAGAGGCCAGCUUCCCUGAGAAAGCUCCGGGCGAAGCAGAGCCCCCUUCUUUCCCUUCCCAGCCCCCUGCCUUGCCAGGAAUUUCUCGGUCUGGGCAGCUGCACUGCAGGCGGCAGGCCAGCUCCCUAGAUUUGGGGCCCUCUCUCUUUAAAUCCUGCUGCUUUGCCCCAGGGCCUUCGGGGAAAGGCGUCUGAACUUCUGCCCCUUCUCUUUGGCACCAGGUUGGCGAGAAGGUCUCGGAGCAGCAGAAGCAGGCCUGUGCUGGGCACCUGCCGGCCAUCCGAGCCUUUUUCAAGGUGAGCCGCCAGCAUCCAUCGGAAAUGGCCGUUUCCACUGGGUGGGGAGCGAGGAAGGGGCUGCCCCAGACCUCCCUGCCUGCCCCCCUCCCUGCCUGCCGGAGUCAGUUUUGGACAAGUCCCUCGCUUUAUGCGCCCCCUCGCCCAGCUUGUCCGGAGUUUUGGACUGGGCUGCCAUCAGUAUGCCGAUGAUACCCAACUCUAUCUGUUGAUGGAUGGCCAUCCUGACUCGGCCCCAGACACACUGACCAGAUGUUUGGAAGCUGUGGCUGGAUGGUUACGUGGGAGCCGGUUGAAGCUAAAUCCUUCGAAGACAGAGGUCCUGUGGCUGGGACGGGACGAUAUGGGAUUGGGGGCGGCAACUCCCAUCUCUUGCGGGGGCGCAAUUAGUGCCAGCACCGUCCGUUAAGAGUUUGGGUGUAAUCUUCGACACCUCCCUUUCCAUGGAGGCACAGAUUGCGGCUAUAACAAAGGCGGCAUUUUUCCAUCUCCGCCAAGCUAAGCAGCUGGCCCCUUAUCUCUCUCGCCCUGACCUAGCCACUGUGAUCCAUGCGACGGUCACCUCCAGACUGGAUUAUUGUAACUUGCUCUACGUGGGGCUGCCCUUGAGACUGACCCAGAAACUCCAGCGGGUGCAGAAUGCCGCGGCGAGACUCCUAAUGGGGUCCUCGCUGCGAGAUCACAUUCACCCAGUGCUAUACCAGCUGCACUGGCUCCCGGGGGAGUACAGGAUCAGGUUUAAGGUGCUGGUUUUAACCUUUAAAGCCCUAUACGGCCUAGGACCCUUGUACCUACGGGCCCGCCUCUCCUGGUAUGUCCCACAGAUGACCUUACGGUCUUCAAAUAAAAACAUCUUGGAGGUCCCAGGCCACAGGGAGGUUAGGCUGGCCUCAACCAGAGCCAGGGCCUUUUCAGCCGUGGCCCCAAUCUGGUGGGACGCUCUGUCACAAGCGACUAGGGCCCUGCGGGACUUGACAUCUUUCCGCAGGGCCUGCAAGACAGAGCUGUUCCACCAGGCCUUUGGCCAAGGCACAGCCUGAUCCCCUCCUUUGGCAAUCCUCACAGAACUCUAGCCCAAUGGUUGCCAUUAAUAUGAUUUGAACUGAUUUUAAAAUGAAAUGAUUUUAGAAUGUUUUAUUAUCUUACUGUUGUUAGCCGCUCUGAGCCUGGCUUUGCCAGGGGAGGGCGGGAUAUAAAUAAAAAUUUAUUAUUAUUAUUAUUAUUAUUAUUAUUAUUAUUAUUAUUGAGGAUCCUGACCCCCCCACCCUGGGAGUGUGGGAAGGGGGAAGGCCUUGCCCCCUUUUUGAUCCUCAAGAGGAGACAGCUGCUCCUCCAGCUCCUUGCUCUCUCUUCCCUCUCCCUGCCCCCCCCAGCUUUGCCUCCCAGGCUUCCUCCCUGCAGCCGGAAGGGACCCAGCUGCAAACAUCUGGUUCCCAAGAGGUUCUACAUUCCAGGAAUCUGAGGCUGGAAUGAGUUUUCUCCCAGGCUGCCAUCCCAGACUCUCCCUCUAUCGCCCUGGCAACUGUCUGGGCGGAAAGGGCUUGGGGAAUUGGCAGGCUCAAUGGCAAGAGGGAGGUGGGCCCCCCCAUGGCCCCUCUCACGCCACACCUUCUAGGCCAGGGGUAGGCAAACUAAGGCCCGGGGGUCAGAUCCGGCCCAGUCGCCUUCUAAAUCUGGGAAUCUUAGUCCAGGAAUCAGCAUGUUUUUACAUGAGUAGAAUGUGCCCUUUUAUUUAAAAUUCAUCUCUGGGUUAUUUGUGGGGCAUGGGAAUUAAUUCUUUUUUUUUUUUUUCAAAAUAUAGUCUGGCCCCCCACAAGCUCUGAGGGAUAGUGGACCGGCCCCCUGCUGAAAAAGUUUGCUGACCCCUGGUCUAGGCACUCCCAAAGUGUUGGGGGGGGGGAGAAGGAUCCUGAGUUAGAAUGCGCUUGCUGGGCAAAGGCUCCCCUUUGCCGCCUCAUGCUUCCUAAGAGAAUCGUAGAGUUCAGAGGGACCCCCAGGGGGCAUCUAGUCCAGCCUCCAGGAAUCGCAGCUAAGGCACCUCUGACACGGCUCUCCAUCCUCUUCAACGAAGGAGAAUCCACCACCUUCUGAAGGAGUCCGUUCCACCGUCUCUUACCAUCGGAACGUUUUUAAUAUUGAGCCGGAAUCUCCUUUCUCGCAAUUUGAACCCAUCAGUUUUGGUCCUGCAAGGAACACACUCUGCACAUGCUCACGGGCACUGCCACCUUCCCGUUUUCAGGGCCGGGUCUUCCCUGCCCCUUUUUCCUGCUCUCUUCUCGCUGGGCUGCCUCCUUCUCCGGCAGUUUCCCCCGGCCCCAAUCCCUGGCAAUGGAGGCCUGGAUGUGCAUUUGGGGAUUGUGGCCCCCCACUUGGGGGAGGCUGAUGCUGUGUGCCCCCCUGGCCCCGGGUGAGAGUGCCCAGGGCUUCCCCUCUGCUCCCCCCUGCAGGAAGCCCGCCUGGUGGUGAAGGCGUCCCGAGCCGAGGAGGUGACCCAGGAGGGGCUGAGGCACUCGCUGCCCCUGGCUGCCCCGCCAGGAGGUCCUGAGGCCGCGAAGAAGGCGCCACUGGGUGACCCUCAGGAGCUGGUGGUAAGGAGGAGCCGGGGGGGGUCCCUCGGGUGGGGAGGGGCAGCCAGCGCCCCAGGGGAUCGGGCCCAGCAGCUGGGGGAGCCUGGAACACCCAGGAGAGAAUGGGUGUGUUUGUCGGGGAGUGCCAGCGGUCGGGGGACGGACGGGUCGCCUCUCCCUGGAGCACAUUGUGGCCCAUUGGCAUCCAGACGCAUCCCUUGUAUCAAACGAUUGCAGAGUUAAAAGGGACACCAAGGAUCAUCUAGUCCAACCCAAGAUUGCAGGGGGUUGGACUAGAUGACUCUUGGGGUCCCUUCUAAUCCUUCAAUUCUAUUUAAUCCGCACGACAACCCUGAGAGGUGGGUUAGGCUGAGGGGUAAUGACUGGCCACCAAGCAGGAUUCAAAUCCCCUCCGAGUGGAGAUUUGAACCCUGGUUUCUCUCGGGUCCUAGCCCGGUGCUCUAACCACUGUGCCGCACUGCCUCUCCGCCGGUUCUUUCCCCCAGGGCACCAACUACAAGAAGACCAACCCAGCGCUGGAGAUCCUCCGUACCAAGAGGGACUCAUUCUGGGCGCAGGCAGAGGUGAGGAGGGUGCCAGGGGGAGGCUCCCCUGCCUGCUGGGCACCCCUGGCACAGGGGCAGGGCAAACCCAGCUGCCAGGGGCGGUUGGGGUGGCCUUUUCUGCCCGGCCUGCCCUGACCACACAGCUGCUUGCGCCCCUCAGAGGGAAGAGGAGCAGAGGCGGGAAGAGGAGCGCCGCCGGGCGCAGGAGGAGCGGCGGCGCUGGGAACGGCAGCGCAUGGAGGAGGAGCGGCGGGAGGCGGCCGAGAGGGAGCGCCGGGUGCAGGAGAAGGAGCAGCUCGUCCAGGAGCAGAGGUGGGUGCUCGGCUUGGGGGGACUGCAGGGAAACAGGGGCUCUCCCAUGUAGUGAUCAGGUGGGAUUGCUAUGAGGAAUUAUGAAAUAUGGAGCAAGCCAUUGUGUCAGCGAUGAAAGCCUUGCGUUGACUGGGUUUGAUUCAUUGACAAUAAUUUCUGAUCGAAUACCACAAGCCUCUGCAUCUUUGCUUUCUCUACACCUGACAAACAGGUGUACUCAGAGGAGAAGAUGGUGAAAUGCAAACAGGGGACACAGAAAGAGCUGAACUCCUCAAUGCCUUCUUUGCCUCAGUCUUCUCCGAUAAAGAAAACAAUGCCCGACCUGAAGAAUUUGGAGCAAAUGAUUCAGCAGAGGAAACACAGCCCAGAAUAACUAAGGAGAUAGUACAAGAAUACUUGGCUAGUUUAGAUGUAUUCAAGUCUCCAGGGCCAGAUGAACUGCAUCCAAGAGUAUUAAAAGAACUGGCAGAUGUGAUCUCAGAACCACUGGCAGUCAUCUUUGAGAAUUCCUGGAGAACAGGCGAAGUCCCGGCAGACUGGAGGAGGGCAAAUGUUGUCCCUAUUUUCAAAAAGGGGAAAGAGAGGACCCAAAUAAUUACCGCCCAGUCAGUCUGACAUCAAUACCAGGGAAGAUUCUGGAGCAGAUCAUUAAGCAAACAGUCUGUGAGCACCUAGAAAGGAAUGCUGUGAUCACCAAUAGUCAGCAUGGAUUUCUGAAAAAUAAGUCAUGUCAGACUAACCUGAUCUCUUUUUUUUACAGAAUUACAAGCCUGGUGGAUGAAGGGAACGCAGUGGAUGUAGCCUACCUUGAUUUCAGCAAGGCAUUUGACAAGGUGCCUCAUGAUAUUCUUGUAAAGAAGCUGGUAUAAUGUGGUCUUGACUAUGCUACCACUCAGUGGAUUUGUAACUGGCUGACUGACCGAACCCAAAGGGUGCUCAUCAAUGGUUCCUCUUCAUCCUGGAGAAGAGUGACUAGUGGGGUGCCACAGGGUUCUGUCUUGGGCCCGGUCUUAUUCAACAUCUUUAUCAACGACUUGGAUGAUGGACUCAAGGGCAUCCUGAUCAAAUUUGCAGAUGACACCAAAUUGGGAGGGUGGCUAACACCCCAGAGGACAGGAUCACACUUCAAAAUGACCUUGACAGAUUAGAGAACUGGGCCAAAACAAACAAGAUGAAUUUUAACAGGGAGAAAUGUAAAGUAUUGCACUUGGGCAAAAAAAAUGAGAGGCACAAAUACAAGAUGGGGACACCUGGCUUGAGAGCAGUACAUGUGAAAAGGAUCUAGGAGUCUUGGUUGACCACAAACUUGACAUGAGCCAACAGUGUGACGCGGCAGCUAAAAAGCCAAUGCAAUUCUGGGCUGCAUCAAUAGGAGUAUAGCAUCUAGAUCAAGGGAAGUAAUAGUGCCACUGUAUUCUGCUCUGGUCAGACCUCACCUGGAGUACUGUGUCCAGUUCUGGGCACCACAGUUCAAGAAGGACAUUGACAAACUGGAACGUGUCCAGAGGAGGGCAACCAAAAUGGUCAAAGGCCUGGAAACGAUGCCUUAUGAGGAACGGCUAAGAGAGCUGGGCAUGUUUAGCCUGGAGAAGAGGAGGUUAAGGGGUGAUAUGAUAGCCAUGUUCAAAUAUAUAAAAGGAUGUCACAUAGAGGAGGGAGAAAGGUUGUUUUCUGCUGCUCCAGAGAAGCGGACACGGAGCAAUGGAUCCAAACUACAAGAAAGAAGAUUCCACCUAAACAUUAGGAAGAACUUCCUGACAGUAAGAGCUGUUCGACAGUGGAAUUUGCUGCCAAGGAGUGUGGUGGAGUCUCCUUCUUUGGAGGUCUUUAAGCAGAGGCUUGACAACCAUAUGUCAGGAGUGCUCUGAUGGUGUUUCCUGCUUGGCAGGGGGUUGGACUCGAUGGCCCUUGUGGUCUCUUCCAACUCUAUGAUUCUAUGAUUCUAUGAUUCUAUGAUUCUAGGUAUAAGCAUCCUAGGACACAGACCAGUCGCCGGCUGCUGCACCAGGCAUCCUGGGCCAUAAAAGAUAGUAGGCAGUUUCUUUGAUGUGCCCAUCCUUGGUUUUGUUAAUCUUAGGGCCUGGAAAUAGUUUCACAGGAAGGUGAUAAAGAUUUUUGUUGUUGUUGUUUAGUCGUUUAGUCCGACUCUUUGUGAUCCCCUGGACCAGAACACGCCAGGCCCUCCUGUCUUCCACUGCCUCCCUCAUGCUGGUAGCUUCGAGAACACUGUCCCACCAUCUCGUCCUCCGUCGUCCCCUUCUCCUUGCGCCCUCCAUCUUUCCCAACAUCAGGGUCUUUUCCAGGGAGUCUUCUCUUCUCAUGAGGUGGCCAAAGUCUUGGAGCCUCAGCUUCAGGAUCUGUCCUUCCAGUGAGCACUCAGGGCGGAUUUCCUUCAGAAUGGAGAGGUUGGAUCUUCUUGCAGUCCAAGGGACUCUCAAGUGUCUCCUCCAGCACCAUAAUUCAAAAGCAUCCAUUCUUCGGCGAUCAGCCUUCUUUAUGGUCCAGCUCUCACUUCCAUACAUCACUACUGGGAAAUACCAUAUUUUUCGCUCUAUUAGACACACUGGACUGUAAGACGCAGCUAGUUUUUAGGGGAGGAAAACAAGAAACAAGAAAGCAACGCAAAGCCUCCUGAGCGAAGAGGGAGUGCUCCUCCUUCUUCGCUCCGGAGGCUUUGCGGGGCUAUCCCUGAAGCCAGGAGAGCAAGCGGAAUCGGUGCACACCAUUCCCUCUUGCCCUCCUGGCUUCAGCAAAAGCAAGCCUACUGGCUUUGCCACCACUUCCCGCAAGAGCUGCGUGCUCUUUAAAGGGAGCGCGGCUCUUGGGGGCUUUUCUGGGGUUUUCUUGAGGGCUUUUUCUGGGCAGCGAUCCCGCUGGCUGUCCUGGCUUCUUGCUUGGACGCACACAGCGUCUCCCAGGCAAGGGGAACCUUCAUCCCAUGCCCGGGAGAGGCUUCGCGCGGCUAAGGUUCCCCCAAGAGCCACGCCCUUCUCCCUCCUCGGGGAAAAGCCCCCAAGAGCCGCACACACGCUCCACACGGCUCUUUAAAGGGAGCGCUGAGCAGAGCCUCCCGCCUGCAUUCGCUCCAUAAGACGCACACACAUUUCCCCUUACUAUUUAGGAGGGGAAAAGUGCGUCUUAUGGAGCGAAAAAUACGGUAUCUCCUUGCCAUCCUUCCUCUCCUGUUUACUCUCGUUUAUGACCACUGGAGUUUCCUAAAUGCAUUCCUCUAGGCCUCUUUUAUUUACAGUGGUACCUCGGGUUAAGAACUUAAUUCGUUCCGGAGGUCCAUACUUCACCUGAAACUGUUCUUAACCUGAAGCACCACUUUAGCUAAUGGGGCCUCCUGCUACUGCCGCACCACCGGAGCACGAUUUCUGUUCUCAUCCUGAAGCAAAGUUCUUAACCUAAAGCACUAUUUCUGGGUUAGCGGAGUCUGUAACCUGAAGCCCAUGUAACCUGAAGCGUCUGUAACCCGACGUACCACUGUACUCUGAAUUACAUAUGCAUGCUCAAGUAGGAAAUUAGCUCUUCUUAGUUAAAAGAAUUUCUUCUGAUCUGACUUUGUCCCACGUGGGGUUUUUUGAAAUGCUCAGCGGAAAUCCGAUUGGUUCUUACAAACACUGUGUAAAAAGUUCUUUUGUGAAUAAAACGACCUGGGCCGAGGAGUGGAAAGGAAUUAUUAUUAUACGCACCCCUCCCAGAGUCUUGCUGGUUCAAGCCUCUGUGUGUAGUUUAUUAUCAGAGUCCAAUCCUUCCUUUACUUUGGGAAGGCCUCACUCCCACCCUGCUAUUGGCGGGGAUGGAGGUGAAACACAGCGCAGCUGAACUGUGGAACUCCCUGCUGCAGGAGGCAGCGAUGGCCUGAAUUUCCUGAGGAGAGGAUUUGAGGAAAUUUACAGAGAAUAAGGCUAGCAGUGGCGUCAAGCCACAAUGGCUCUGCUGAAUUUACGCCCCCCAAAACCCCUCAUUUUCCUGCAGGAAACAACAGGCCCAGCUGGAGGCAGAGGAGCGCAGGAGGGAGCAAGCCCGAUGGGUGAGUCAGACUGCAUCAGAAUCCGCACCCGUGUCCGCAGCUGAUUGCUGCCUCUGCUUCCGUGGCUUGGCAGCUGCCUGGCUCCCAUGGGGAGGGUGGGGGGGGGUUAAGCCUGGCCUCUUCCGUGGGGCAGGAAGGUGACCCCGGAGGUCCAGGGUGCGGCUGCAUGAUCAACAGGUGGGGUUUAGCAACUGCCCGGCUGGUAGGCAAGCAGGAAUCCCACAGGUGAUAUCUCCUCCAAUUGAGUGGGAGAGGGUUUUCCUGUAGGGCAGGGGACCCUUGGCCCCCCCUGACCCCCUGUCUCCCCCAAAUAGGAGCAGCAGCAGCAGGAGCGAGCGAAGGCACUGGCAGAACAGAGUCCCCUGAGCGGCUCUGCUGAGAAGGCCACUGUGAGUGGACGGGGCUGGCUGGGGUUUUGUCUCCCUCUUGCUGAAGAUUCAGGGUGGAUAAAAAGCGGGUAGUUAACCUGUGGAACUCCCUCCCACAGGAGGGCGCAUUGAAUUUUUCCACUCUCCAAAAAUGAGGGUGCUCAAAAAUUGUAACGUGACUUAGGAAUUCAAAAGAUAUUUUGCUUAAAUUAAUGUAUUUUAGUUUUGCUGAGCAGGUAAAAUGCAGAUACAGUUGCAUAGGAUUCAUUAAAAACGAUCACCAAGUACUUGUAAUAAUAUUAUAAAUUAAUAUUUAUUAUUAUUAUUAAACAUUCAUUGGCAUUUUCAGAAGGUUAAGAUUAAAACUCUUUGGUUUUCCAAAAGCAGUUUAUGUGCCUCUUCAUCAGACGUCGACAUACCAAGCUAAAUAUUGCCCAGUCGCAAAAGUAAUAGCAAAUUUGAAUUCCUAAUUCCCGAAAACAUCUAUUUUAAGAUCCCUCAGUGAAAGAAAAAUUGCAAAAAAAUAAGUUUCACUCCCUAAAAUGACACAGAAUGCUUCUGAAUUGGAAAGCACAGGAGGAGAGACUUGCUCUGGUGCUGAUUCUGUCGGCGGCUUUCGCACUCGGGUCCCCUAUUUGGCCCUUCUGAAACCCGGAUUCUGGACUGGAUGAGUCUCUGGCCUGAUCCUGCAGGCUCUUUCUGUCCUUCUGCAAGGCGGAAGAGGGGCCUCCAGGGGGGCCUAGCUGGCUUCCACGGGGCACCCAGGCACCCGCCUCUCCUCCUGUGGCCCCCGGGCUCCUCCUCCUCCAUGGGCCAGAUCCUGCGCUGCCCCCUCCCUGCAAGGCCCCCCCAGCCAGUCCUCUUCUCCUCUUUCCCGCAGGAGGCGGCUGCGCUGGCCUCGCAGCGCCCCCACGACCCCCGAGACUUCUUCCACCAGAGGGAACGCUCCGGCUCGGCGGUGGGGGCCCCAGAGUCGCCUUCUCCCACGGGAGGCCGGCCAGGUGAGUGGGGAACCCCCCAACUUUAUUGGGGCGCUUCCUUAGAAAGGGGAGGGAGGUCCUGGCACAGCCUUGAACGGAGGGGGCGGUGGGGGCUGCAAAAAUGCGUUGAGAGUUGGGUGCGAAAUGCCAAGCUGGCGUCUGUGGCUGGGUGGGAGGCCGUCUGUCGGGGAUCCUUUGGCUGGGAUUCCUGCCAAAGCGGGCUGGACUAGAUGGCCUCUGGGGUUCCCUUUCCACCCUGCAAUCCUAUGGCUCUGGCUUAGGGACCAGGAAAGUAGUGGGGGGGGGUUGGGGGGGAGAGCCACAGGGGCUCCUGCCUGUCCCCUUUCUGGCUGCUACUGGUUCUCCUGAUUCUCUUGCCCCAAUCCAAUAAUUAAAAAAACAACUUUUCUGCUUUGAACUGAAAGUGGCAGCCCUGGCCGCCUUUGCGAGUCGCAGCUCUUCUUCCUCUUCUGGGAAAUCUCCCUCUUUCGCUGAAGCCAAGAAGCCUGCAUUCGCUCCAUAGGACGCCCAAACAUUUCCCCUUCAUUUUUGGAGGGGGGAAAGUGCAUCCUAUAGAGCGAAAAAUACGGUACUUUCCCCCACUGCAUCUGCCCAGCACCUGGCCGGAAAUCUUUUCAGAAAGUUUUGGGUUGCCGUAUUUUGAAGAGCGAAAAAGAGGACGCUGAGACGACUCUCGUUUUCAGUAUAGAUCAGGCACCCCCAAACUCGGCCCUCCAGAUGUUUUGGCAAUCCAACUCCCAUCAUCCCUAGCUAACAGGACCCCAGCGGUCAGGGAUGAUGGGAUUUGUAGUCCCAAAACAUCUGGAGGGCCAAGUUUGGGGGUGCCUGCUAGAGAGGCUGUGAUCUAUUGCGGGGGGAGAAGAGAAGAGGAAAGCAAGUCUUCAACCACCAGUUAUGUCUCAUCCAAAAAGUCUAGCUGGAGAGAUUUUGGCAAAUUUUAAAAAUCCACCCAGACAGAAAUUUUACCCCGGAAAAAGAGGAUGUGUCCCAGAAAACAAGGACACAUGGCAAACCUAUAAUUUUGUGUCUCUUUUCCCCUCGGAUCAGGACCGCCGCGACGCCCUUUCCUCCGCCACCAGCGCAGCCUGACGGAAUCGGCCUACAUCUUCCGGGGACCGGAUGCUGCCCCUGCCAGGCGCCCGUCCGGAGACUUCUUGCCCUCCCCUCGCUCCCCACAGGCGGCCCCUCUUCCCAGCCCCCGUCUCCCCAAAACCCCACCUGCCAGGAACCAGGACCCUGAGCCCAGAAGCCCCCCACCUCCGGCCCUGGAGAGCAGGACCCCCCUCGCCCCCUCCCCGCCUGGGGGGAGCCCGACCCCACUCCUGGCACCUGCCCUGCUGGACUCAGGGGACCCUGCCAGGACCCAGCCGCUUGCUGAGGCCUUGGCCCCCCCGGAGGCGCUCAGGGGACCCCCACCCCACACUCUGCCAGCAGAGUCUGGCCCCCAGUCCCCUUUCGCCCCGCAUGGAGCAGAAGGGACCCCCUGCAUCGGCCACAGUGAUGGCAUGGAGUCGCCCCUCCUGGGCAGCGCCCCCCGGGCAAAGUACCCACCUCCAGCCCACGUGCCCCACAGCCUCCCCACGGAAACGGGCUCAGCGGGGUCCUCUGCCCGGGGGGUAGCUUCUCCGCUCGGCAGCCCCCCUGAGGAAGCCCUGCCCCACGCUGAGGCCAGGGACCUCGCCUCCUUCCAGGGCCCCGAUUUCGGAGGGACCCCCACGGCCGGUGCUCCUGAAGCGGUGGAUGGAUGCGAGUUUGUGGCUCCCCCACUGGGAAAGGAUCCUGUGACAGGUCAGAAACCAUUCCCACCCCCCACGUAGGGGGCAGUGCAAUGCAAAAAGUCCACAUUGCUUGCAGGAUGCUGGAGUAGAAAGGGCCGGAUCCUGCAAGCUCUUCCGCUGUUUCUUAGGAGAACCUUCGCUGGCCAAAACUGGCUGGAGACCCAGCCAGCCAAAUAGACAGAGAUUCUUGUUUUCUCAGGGCCAGAUUUAGGUCUGAUGUGGCCCUCAGCUCCUGAAGGUAACGGGGCCCUUUCUAUGUCCAGCUGUCCUUUGUUCACAACAAAUUGUUGCUGUUUUUUUGUGUUGGAUAGAUGCUAUCUGGUCAUUUAUGGACCUCAUAGGGAUCUCAAGCCAUUUGCACAUAACAAAAUAUGUAUUUUAUCCAAGUAAAAAGCUUUUUAUCUUAUAUUUUGUAAAUGUACAUCCAGGUGUUUUUUUCCUUUAAUUUUUUUGGGGCCCCCCAAAAGAGUGGGGCCCUAAGUAUAGCUUGUUUAGCUUAUACAGUCAUACCUCUUGUUACGUUUGCUUCAGGUUGUGCGUUUUCAGGUUGCGUCCCGCGGUGACCCAGAAGCACCGGAAAGGGUUACUUCUGGGUUUUGCCGCUCGCGCAUGCGCAGACGCGCAAAAUGACGUCACGUGCAUGCGCAGAAACGUCGAAUUGUGACCCGUGCGUGCGCAGACGCGGGUUGCAUUCCUUUCAGAUUGCGAACGGGGCUCCGGAACGGAUCCCGUCCGCAAACAGAGGCACCACUGUACAUAAAUCCAGCACUAGGUGGGUGUGCCAAAUUGGCACAUGCCUUUUUCUUGGGGGGCGGGAAGGUUGGACGGCAGCAAGACCAGACUCUUCAGCCCCCUCUUCCCUUCACAGACCCUCUGCCAGCACCUGACUCAGCCCCAUACUCUGGGUUCAACGGGACGUCCGCCUUGGAAGAGGAGAGCUGGCCCGCCGGGCAGGUAACGCACCUGUGGGCAGGUGGGGCUUGGGGGCGGAAGAGAAGGGGGCUUGGGGGCUUUUUGCUCAGCGAGUCUCUGCUUCCAGGGGACGCCGUCCGUCGAAGCCAAACUCCCCGAAGAAUCAACCUGGGAUCCCAGAGCAGGUGGGUUUCCUCUUUCUUCCCUCCCCCCGCCAGGUGAUCUCAGUCCUACUUCACCCCCAAAAAAUAAAUCACUGCUUGUCUUUCCGCAGGUGGCAGCCAGGCCCCCAGAGCCGAUUCCAGAGAGGAGGGCGAGGACCCCUCUCUGCCCACAGCAAGGGCUGGAGAAGACUAGUUCAAACACUUAUGUGGACCCCCCAUGGACUCCAUUCCGCCCCCCCACCUGCUUGCUUUGGCUUGGAUGAGCCCCCUCCUCACCUGCCCAAAGCCAACUGCUGCCACCCCCCUCCCAGAAGCAACUCUGCCCCUGCUUUUGUCUUGCCCAAUAAAGGAAAAGUGGG